AAUUAUUGUGCCGUCCGAACUCAUGAAACAUCAAUCUCACGUUAGCAUGACUUUCUUUUAAAAAAAAAAAACUAAUAAUAAUAUUAGCAUUACUUUAGUCUUCGGUUAUUCAGUCUUCUUCUUCUUUCCUGUGUAAACUUCCAUAUCCUGCUAUUUUCCGAGUUUUAUUUUUGAGAACAUGACGAAGCCCAUAAAGAAAACAUCUCCUCGCGAUGAAGCUGAACUGGUGGAGGUUCAUGGGAGCACUGAAGCUGAGGUUUCUUCUCAUCGAUCACGAAAAAGAUACCGGCCGGCUAAAAUCGUUGAGGCUUCAUCAGAUCAAACCCAAAAGGGAGGCCGGAGGACUGAAGUCGAGUAUAGGUCGAUGGUAUUGGGUUCAUCUGAGCACAUUUCCAAUGGGGUUAGCGGAAUGUCAAAGCAAGAAAUUCUGGCUGAGUUUAAGAAGACAAGGGAGCACUUAGAAGAAUUGAGAAGGGAGAAUGAAGAAUUGAGAAGGGAGAAGGAGGAGCUCAAUUCUAGGGUUACUGAUAUAGAGACAAUGAUAAGAGCAAUGACACCAAAGAAGUGAUAGAAUCUGCAGGGGAUGAUGACCUUGGAGCCAGCGUGGCUGGUUUCACGCAGGAACCGACGCGAUGGGGCAAAACAUAUUAAUGAGUCCAGCUUACCGACUUUUACAGUAAAAGUUUUGCUAGUGCAGCAGUGGAACUUUUAAUUUUCCUAAUCACGUAGUUUAACUCAUCAUUUUUACCAUUUUUACCAAGCAAGGAGUUAUUGGGUGUCUAUCAAGGAGUUAUUUACGGAUUCCCUCAGUAGCCUCAUCAGUUUGAUUUAUGUUUUAAAUUUUUACAAACAUAUUUAAACUUUAUUAUUUUCUGCUUUUAAAUUUUGGAGCAAUGAUAUUUACUAAACUUUAUGCUUUUUU